UGCAAAUCUAGAAGCCGUACCGGAGAAACCAUUUUCAUGUCACAACGGAACUUCAAGAUGUCGGAUCCGAACAACGAAAGCAAUUCCUAUUUUCUCCGGAAUUUCCCGAAUUUGGUGCAGCCUCAGUUACCGCGUGGAUUUAAUCGGGGGAUGGGCAAUCAGUCUACCCAGACUAAGACUUCGCCAUCCAAGACAGCGAAUAAGUCUACCCAGACGGAACCUGUCAAUGAUGACAACGUGCGCCUAAAUGAGAUGUUGACCGGCCACAACUGCGAUUUGCUGCGCGAAGUACUGGAGUCAAGGAAGCGAAGGCUUCCCGCGGAGGACCUAACUGGGCUUCUAACUACAAUACUAGAGCGAAAUCCAGAUGGGAAACCGCUGCCUAAGCGGCAGAAGCUGGAGCGCCAGGAAGAAGCGUCCUCAGAGGAGACAAGGGAAGAUUGGGAAACUGAACCAUUCUAACUUGGAAAAGUCGAUGAGUUAACGACAAAAUGAUUGGACAGUCAACUGAGCAGGUCAGAUUCAACAUUUGCAGGCAACAUGCAAAAGAAAGAAAAACAUUUAAAAAUGCAGAUAGUUUUGAAUUUGUAAGACUUGUAUCGAAACAGCUGUAUACUAAUUGCUUACAAAUAAAAACCGCCAGUUACUGUUA